AUGGGGUGGCUAAACUGCGACUUUAUCGUCACAUCUCUGCCAGCGCAGAACUUUCGAGGGUCCGACAAAGCCAGCCGCAUUUGCUGUUCUGCCUCACAGGAGUCACUGACACACCCGGCGGGGGAUCACGCCGAAACAUCGGCGUGCCACAUUGUGGUCACCGAUGACGUUCAAUAA